AUGCCGAGCGUUUUCCUCAGGCUGCGAACGAUAUCACGCCUGACGUCGCCGCGCAAGCCAAAGUCGCCGUCGUCCAAAGCUAGCGAGCCGGUCACCGCGAGCACCUCCCCAGGAGACACCGACUCCGAAGCCAGCGAAGCACCAGAGCCUGGUCCGGCGAGGACGACCAAACCGCUGCCGCUCACUCAGACCCACACGCGACGAGCGCCGUUCGUGCCGCCAUCCCACUUUGCGGUGCUCCCGGCGCCGCCGCGCUCGUCGCUGGAGGAGGCUUCUAAUCCGGAGAGCAGUCGCCAUCCUAGCCCUGACCCGGAGGCGGAGGAGGUAAUGAGCCCUGCGAUGCGCGACGGCCAGCCGCGGCGGCGGCGGCCCUACAUCUUCCAGCGGCUCGGCUCAGGGGAGCCGUGUGGCAGCGACAGGACCAGUGAUUCAGCAGCGGACUUCGGUGACGUCUCCUCAAUGCCGACGGACGCUUCUAUACGAGACCACGAACGCAAAUCCCAGUGCGACGUCGCAUAUCCGGCGGAAUCCAUCACCCCAAGAAGGACGGACGCAAAGGACCGUGCGAGAGGCGUCCACCGUUUGUCGAUUGGCCCCUUCCCCGGCUCGAUGCCGCGCAAGUCGCUCUGCGACCCGCCGCACGAGAACGGGGCCGGGCAAACCGAGUCGGACCGCGACGAGGCGGUCCAAGGCGCACAGGACAGCUCAGCAGAGCUGCCUUGGGCGCAGCUCUGCCGCUGCUUUGCCGCCGGCGCACGUCUCGUGUGA